GCGCCGCCAAGGACCGGGCAGCCAGCGGCCGGUUGGGCGGGCGAGGGGGUGGCGGGGACCGGAGCAGCGGCCGCGGGGUGCAGGGCCGGUGUCUGCCGGGCUGCAGCCUAGAGAGGCCAACCCUCGUCGAGCCCGGUACUGGGUUCGAGCCUUGCAGCUCCGCGACACCAAAGAGGAGGCGGCCGUGGAGGCAGCAGCGGCCCCAGCCAUGCUGUGCUAUGUGACGAGGCCGGACGCGGUGCUGAUGGAGGUGGAGGUGGAGGCGAAAGUGUGCAGGCGAUUGGGAAUCAUAGAAGUUGAUUAUUUUGGACUGCAGUUUACGGGUAGCAAAGGUGAAAGUUUAUGGCUAAAUCUGAGAAACCGGAUCUCCCAGCAGAUGGAUGGGCUAGCGCCCUACCGGCUUAAGCUGAGAGUCAAGUUCUUCGUGGAACCUCAUCUCAUCUUACAGGAGCAGACGAGGCACAUCUUUUUCCUGCACAUCAAGGAGUCGCUCUUGGCAGGCCACCUCCAGUGCUCCCCAGAGCAGGCUGUGGAACUCAGUGCCCUCCUGGCCCAGACCAAGUUUGGGGACUAUAAUCAGAACACUGCCAAGUAUAACUACGAGGAGCUGUGUGCCAAGGAGCUCUCCAGUGCUGCCUUGAACAGCAUCGUGGCAAAGCACAAGGAGCUGGAGGGCACCAGCCAGGCUUCGGCCGAGUACCAGGUUCUGCAGAUCGUGUCUGCCAUGGAGAACUACGGCAUAGAGUGGCACGCCGUGAGGGACAGCGAAGGGCAGAAGCUCCUCAUUGGGGUGGGACCCGAGGGAAUCUCAGUCUGCAAGGAAGACUUCAGCCCCAUUAAUAGGAUAGCUUACCCUGUGGUGCAGAUGGCUACCCAGUCAGGAAAGAACGUGUACUUGACAGUCACCAAGGAGUCUGGGAACAGCAUCGUGCUCCUGUUUAAAAUGAUCAGCACCAGGGCGGCCAGUGGGCUCUACCGAGCAAUCACCGAGACGCACGCGUUCUACAGGUGUGACACAGUGACCAGCGCCGUCAUGAUGCAGUACAGUCGUGACUUGAAGGGCCACUUGGCAUCUCUGUUCCUCAACGAAAACAUUAACCUCGGCAAGAAGUAUGUCUUCGAUAUUAAAAGAACAUCCAAGGAGGUGUACGACCACGCCAGGAGGGCUCUGUACAACGCUGGCGUUGUGGACCUCAUUUCCAGGAGUGACCAGAGCCCCCCCAGCUCUCCCCUGAAGUCCUCAGAUAGCAGCAUGAACUGCAGCAGCUGCGAGGGCUUCAGCUGCCAGCAGACCCGGGCGCUGCAGGAGAAGCUGCGCAAGCUCAAGGAAGCCAUGCUGUGCAUGGUGUGCUGCGAGGAGGACAUCAACUCCACCUUCUGCCCCUGCGGCCACACUGUGUGCUGCGAGAGCUGCGCUGCCCAGCUGCAGUCGUGCCCAGUCUGCAGGUCCCGCGUGGAGCAUGUGCAGCACGUCUACCUGCCCACGCACACCAGCCUCCUCAACCUCACCGUCAUCUAGCCUGUCCUGCAUCCAUCGACACGCCAUAUUUCCACAAACUGCACUAUUGUAAACUAUACAAGGACAACUGUGGAGAGAACCCCACUCCCAACCCCAUCUGCCACGCGCAUUGAAAAAACAAAGAAAAAAGAAGAAAAACCGGAAUACAAGUUCUCACUCCAAAACCACAUCUGUGUGCAGAACCAACACCCCUGGGGUGGGGGCCUGGAAGACUCUGGAACGUGGACACAUUCCUUGUCUUGCGUUUUUUUAUGAUCAAGUAAAGGAAUAGGUAAGGUCUUCUGCGUCAGUUAAGUGGCAGCGUAGCCAAGAAGUGGGUACAAAUGACCUCCUAAGUCUCCGCGGUGCAUCCCGAGGGAGGCUCCCACCUGCGGCAGGCUUUGUCAGAAUUAGUUUUACGAAUUUACUUGGUUCUUUUUGUAAGGUCAUGGAGAGCGGAACAUUUUUAAUAGGAACAUUUUCUUAAAUAGUUGUCAUUAUAUGUCAUUUCUGUUUUUAUGACUUGUUCAAGAAUGACUGGAUGCAGGCAGGUCUCAGAGUCCAUCCCAUGACUCCGGACAGUUUGGCAGCCAAGGUGCAGGUUUCAAUGGGACGGGGCAACAGGGGCAACAGACAGCCGGGAGCAGCUCCGUUCUUUCCCUUCCCUGCCCGCUGUGCCCAGGCCUUUGGUACAGAUGCUGCCGCUUGGUUGGAGGGUCUCUGGCACAGUCAAGCACUCCUUGGGCUUUGGAUUGGUGGGACAUUUUAAGAUUGGGAAGGGAGAGCUCUUUCCUGGACAGGGAAGCCUGGCUCACCCACACCAGGCCCCGGCACCCGCGAGGUCCCGUCUUCACUCCUGGGCCCUUGCCGCCAGCUUCACCCAUGGGUAUUGCUGUGCUUGAAUGACCCGAGGUCCUCAGCCUUAUCAUACAUUUCUAGAUACUGCCUCCUUGUUGUGUGGUUUAGCGGGGUUUUGUUUUGUUUUAUUGGUUUUGGGUUUUUUUGGUUUUUUUUGUUUUUUUUUUUUUUUUUGGUUUGCGUAUGUGCUUUUAAGUAAGUGUUUAGAUUUUCUUUGGGUGGAUCCCGCCAUAGGGUUCUUUGGCUUCUCUAUUCUUAGACAUAUUUUUCACUCCCACUGGGCGUUUUGGAAGCUGGUUAGUUAGCAGGUUUUCAAGGAUGUCAGGAAACCUACGUGACCUUAUCGGGUGCAAUACUAGCUGAGUUAAAGCUAGGAACUACACUGUCACUUUACUGAGAUUUCUGAGUAUACUUUUCAUAUUGCCUUAAUGUAGCAGUAAUGUGUUUAUGCAUUUGUUUCUUUGCACAGACAUUUUGUCAAAUAUUAAAACUCUACUUUUUUAUGGCACAUAUUAGCAUUAUAAGCCUUUAUUCCAAGAGGUAUUUAUUUUUUCACUUGUAAAAAAAAAUAAUGUUUCCACAUAAAGAACUCUGUUAUAUCCUAGAGGACUUCUGUCUUUUAUAUUCAGGAUAAUAAAGAAUUUAAAGCAAA